AUGUCUGAGCCCACCUCGCCAUCUGUACCACCGAAAGUGAUUGUCUCGAGACCAGUUGACGAGGCAGCAAACAAAAGUGCGCAAAGGUCAGGCAGAAGACGGAAUCUAGGCCCUAGCCGCAUGAGCGAAGAGCAAGGACGAUCUUCUGGUUCUAGCGAAUGGAUUGAUGUUGACGAUAGACCUUGGCGACGGAAACGGUCUUCGAGACGGACAUCUUCUCGUCGGCACGAGCAUUCUACGAGGUCGACUGCGGGAAGUGGAAGCGAAAGUGAAUUGGCAAGAUACUUCCCAAGCCUGAGUCGCAUAUUGGAGUCUGGCGAGUCGACAGUACGGUCUCGACCUGGAAGUAGAGGUCUGGAUACAUCUCGGAGGUCCGAGAAGACUGCUAUUCGGCAGCAUCGAUAUCAGGACGACGCUACCUCUACUUAUCGUCGCCCAAUCAGACAUCGAGCAGGCGGUGUGCAGCGACGACUUGAUCAUCCCUUCAAGGUCAACCCUUCAUUACUGUCCGUCUUGUCCAGUCUCACGGAAAGUACAGACAAGUCAAGUGGAAGCGGCUCGACAAUUACUCAACGAUCUUAUGACAGACGUGGUAGCGAUAGCUCCAGGACACCCGUUGGUAUGCCUCGCCGUUCCGUCUCCACUUCCGAUGUUGGCUCGACCGUAGGCACCAAGCCCCGUCCCAAAUCGCCCAAUGUCUUCGACUACAUGGUCGCAUCCACGGCCAGUGACGACCAUGACAACCGCUCUGUUAUAUCGUCGUCAUCGUCACAUUACGAGCCGUCCAUUGCUGGCUCGAGCGAAGCACCAGACACCCCAUCUACACAGUCAACCUUCCCAUCGCCUACAGCCACUCGCAGUCACAGCGUCGCGGAGCUCAGACGAAAGUACGAUCCACAAUAUGCCAGCUCAGAAGUAUCAUCCGCUAUGAGCGAAGAACAAAGCCCAGAAUUACCAUCGCGGAGCAUGCAGGCGCCCAGUGUUAGCGAUGUCGAAGAGGAUGACGAGGAACAUAGUAUCGCGCCUACAGCGCCGUCCGAACUCAGCUUCCAGUCUCGCGAGAGGUCCGUAUCACGAUCCUCUCGCGGCUCAAGGUCUUCAAGACGUUCGGCGAGUCAAAUGAGCCAACAGGAUGAGGCUCGACGACAGCACAUGGCUCAUGCGAGCCAGCCGUAUCCUCAACACUACAUCAACCCGGUCUACGGCCAGCAUCGAUCAUUCUCCAGCUCAUCGACACACUCGGCACAGCAUGGCUACCAGAUGGCAAUGCAACGAUACCAAUGGCCAUCGCCACCAGCACCACCACCCCACGAGGCUACCAUGAAUAGCCACCUCGAGUCGAUGGAGCCUCCACAUGCGCCGGACGCACCAGACCUCAGUCAAAGGACGAUAGCAGGCUACGAGAAACUCGCGUUGGAGCUCGCAACUCGAGACUCUUCAGUAGAACCUCUCUACAGAAAAUUCGAAUACCUCAAUCACCGUAUCCUCUUACACUUACAAGACGAACUAGCGGAACUCGAAGAACACCUUCGCACCCUAGAUGAGAUAAUAGCACAAAUGCAUCCACCUUCACCAUCAGAGAAAACAAGAACACCAGCCUCACGGCGCGCGGAGACCUAUAAUGGAACCGAGAUUCACCUUCAGCGAACGAACCUGCUCGGAAGAAUCUUCAUCAAGACCGAGCAGUACAAUCGUGCCAUGACGGCAUACACGAGUCUCAUGAAGACCUCGAGCCAAGCCGAGAUGGAGCAGGUUGAGGCAUACACUUCUUGGUUGAAGGCACACAACCCUGUUCACGACUCAGAGACACGCUUUCUAAGCCAUACCGUGGACCUCAUCGCUCCCACCACUCCACCUUCACAGCCAUUCAGCUCAGCAAUAAGCCUUACGCCCGGAGCACUAGCGGCCUACAUACCAAUAACGCUAAUGCUGCCUCUGCUACUCUUCUCCCUGAUACCGUCCCUGGCAGGGCGCCUGGCCGUCACAGCUCUGAUAGCGGCAGGAGCUUUCCUCGUGGUGGGUACGACGAGGAUAAGAGGGUUGUUGCCGCCGAGAGAGUGGGCGGUGUGUGGGGCUGUGUAUGCGCUUGUUAUGGCGGCUGUGGCUGGUUGUGUACCUGUGUAUGGGGCGUGA